AUGGGUGCUCCAAAUCGUAUUCCAGAUUUCCUGCACUUCUAUGAUACACCAUAUGAGGGCACUCAAAUCCCACAGCAAGACAGCCUAAGGGAGAAAUCAGGGAAGUGGUCAAACACCAAUAAGCUCCAAGGAGGAUUGGAGAGCUACUUGGAGCCCCUAGGCCAGUUAUUAUAUCUCUAUUGCAUAAGAGGAGGCAGGAGAAAACAGACCUUGGGAAGUAGAGGGGUCCUGACAGAAAUAUCUGGAAGGCGGAUGUUUCCACAGCUAAAAAUUUCGGUCACAGGCCUGGAUCCUGAAGCUAAGUACCUACUGCUGGUAGAUGUGGUCUCUGUAGGAGGCUCCCGCUACAAGUGGCAUGGCAAAAAGUGGGAAGCUAGUGGCAAGGCAGAAUUACCACCUCCAGACCGGGUUUACAUCCAUCCUGACUCACCUGCAUCAGGUGCCCACUGGAUGCGCCAACCUGUAUCUUUCCAUCGGCUCAAGCUCACCAACAAUACCCUGGAUCCUCAUGGACAUUUGAUUGUUCAUUCCAUGCAUCGUUAUCAGCCCAGAGUACAUGUGGUGGGAGCUGGAGGGCGCCGCGGAGCAGGGAGUGGCUGUGCUACCUUCACCUUUCCUGAGACACAGUUUCUGACUGUCACAGCCUACCAGAACCCACAGUCUCACCAUUGGAAAGUUAACAAAAAACAGAAACAUGAAAACAGGCAGAAUGAAACUGUGUUGAAGCAUAGCUAG